AUGUAUAAAUUGGGAAUAACUUCACUCUUACUCUCACUUGUUUUACUCGGGACUCAAUUGCCCCAUACAUUGGUUGAGUCUAAGGCCCUAUUAUGCCGUCCAUCGCCUAAAUGGACAGUCAAUAACGGAACCGUUGACCCAAUGAAGGAGUCGUUUGGAAACGUAACAUUGGUCACUUUAAUUGACGUCUCGUAUCGGUUCGGCUUAAAACAGGCCUCGAGUUUGGAAAAUAUGUUAAGAUUUCUCAAGAAAUCGGGUCUAAAAGACAUCCACUUUAUUCUGAUUAACUCGAAGGAUAUCGACGCUAAGCAAAAGCUGAAAGAUGUCACACAAAAAGUAUCGUUUGGUGUCUAUCAGGAAAAUGAAAGCGAUUUGAUUUGGAGUGCAUUGGAUGGCGGAAAGGAUGAUAUGUUUAUAUACGACAGAUGUGGUCUUUUGACAUAUUAUAUACCGUUCCCAUUGAGUAUAAUCCACGCGCAACAGCCUAUACUUCAAGCGGCACUUUUGUCCACUUAUUUUGACAAUCCGUGCGGCGAGUCGUGUGACUCAUUAGGAGCUGAAGCCAUACUUUCCAACACCACUUCAAUUAUCACGGAUUCAUUGAAUAUAACAACGACUGAGUCCUCAUUGAGUUCAAGGACUGAUCCCAUGACUACAACUACUCUUAACAUGACAUUUGACGAUACAUUUCCUGUCGGCUUAAAUGAGUCGCAAGCGUUUGAAUCCAAUGCCACGUCUAUUGAUUUGAGCGAAGAUAAUGUCAUCGUUUUAGAGACGACAGAAACCAGCGAUGGAUCGAUUGGCGAAGAUUUCAGUGGUUCCGGAAGUGGUGACUCACCCAUCGAACAGACGCCUCAAGUGAGUACUCAAACCAAUAAUUCAUCGCUGAAUGGGAACCGAGAAGAGGACGAGUGGAAGAUUUUGGACUUCUUUAAGUCCGACGACAACCGUUCGGAUAAAGAGAUUUUUGAAGAGAUAUACAACAAAAGUAUCGCAGAAUUGGAUCCCAUUUCAAAGACCGACACAAAACCGGUCGAGACGUUGAAUGAAACGCAAACGACUACCGAAGCGAUUGAAGUGCCGCUAAACGUGUCCAACGCGUCGGCCAUUACUAGCGAACCGCCGGUCGGGCUAUCGAUUGGCUCUAAAAACCCGUUGCGAACGAAGAUAUCGUUCUUCAACUCCGCUUCGCGGGCGAAGUGCGAGACAUUCAAUCAGUCGAUGUGUAUGGAGUGGUCGACGGAUCGUCUCCUUCGGGCGCGACUCUGUUGUCUGACAGAUGUGUUGGCUUACGAGGACUCGGGCUUCGGUUGCGGACACUUUGAACGCUCCAAAUGUAAUCGAAUGCUUCCACUCAUCAAAUGCUGUCUAAAAGACUUUUCCCAACUUUUAGACAACUAUUUCCAAACAAUUCGUGUGACUCCUCGGCCUUUACGACAGAAAUUUCGCUAAUUUUUGAUUGCGAUUAUUUAUAUUAAAACCAUUGAUAAGCUUUUGGUGUAAGGAUAUAAUGAUAAGGAGUAGAGAUAAAGUGAAAGGUCUUUCGGAGUUAUUUGAAUAAAUCCUUUGUAUAUUUGUGUCUUAUUUAUCAAAUUUCCACUUUUAAGCCUUCAUUUCAUUUAAACAUUUUGCUUAAAC